CGGCGCCUAUCAUAUCCGUUUUGAGUUUCAGGUGGGAGUGACUCACAGUCAUUCACAAAAAUAGAGAUAAAAUGCCCACCGAUAGGAAUAUGGAGAUAAUAAUACUAUAUUUUUUGAGAGUGUAAAGAAUAUACAUGAAAGAAAUGGCUGGGGGACCAAAGAAAAAGGCGGAUCUGAAAGUAAUCAUUAUGGGGGAUUACAGUGUCGGGAAAACAUCCUUUAUUGGACGAUACAUCGAUGGAGAAUUUAAGCAGCAUGAAGCUACAAUUGGAGCAGCUUUCUUUCUGAAGCAAUGGGGACCUUAUAAUAUAGCAAUCUGGGAUACAGCAGGAGAUGAGCGUUACACCGGUCUCUCCACAUUCUACUGUAGGAAUGCAGGGGCUGCCAUCCUGGCUUUUGACAUGUCCAUUGUCAGCACAUUUGAAUCUCUUUGGGCCCGAUUCAUCCCUCUACUGGAUGCUGCUAAUGAGGACUGUAUCAAGGUUGUAGUUGGAAUGAAGCUGGACGCGUUAGAGGAAGGUCAACGAGAAGUGACCGUACAGGAGGGAAAGAAAUUCGCCCGAGAAAUCAACGAAAAAAUCGAUCUUAGCAAACUUCCCAGUGAUCCAUAUUUUGAAACAUCCAGUAAAACAGGACACAAUGUUUCGGAAGUAUUUGAGUACAUUUUUCAGUACUGUCUUCCCUUGUCCAAAGCGCAGCGUGAUGCCCAAAACUCAAGCACAGUGUCUUUAAGUGACAGAAGGGGACCUUCUCAAAAUAAGUGCUGCCAUAGAUAGGGACCUUCUCAAAACAAGUGCUGCCAUGAAGGAGGAGGUUGUUGAUGUUUACCAGUUAUUUUAUUAUUCAUUAUAUUAAAAGUGAAUGAAACACAGCUGCAAUUAGAAUUCACCAAGAUAAGAAGCAUUUUUUCCCCUGGGUUAUCAUUCUAGAAGUCAUAAUAAACAUUGAUUCUCAUGUAUAACAAUGUAUUAUGUUUGCUGUUCUAAUUCAACUGCCAUAUCCCAUAUGACGUUAAUAAACCAAACCAGGCCAGAAUUAUCUCUAAGGUGUUGCAUUAUUUACAUUGAAGUUAUGUUUUUUUUUAUUUAUUCCAUUCUAAAUGUAAAACGUUAAUUAUAUUUUUGUAUGUUAUAUAUCCGAGUUUCUUUGUGAAAAUGAAAUUUAUGCAAAUCAGAAUGACUGGUGAUGUGUAUUUACAUUAAUAUGU